AUGGUUGAUAGUAUUAUAGAGGGGGAGGGAGAGGGAGAGGGAGAGGGAGAGGCCCUCAACAAGUACAAGGCUUCGGUGGCUGCAGGCUGUGGGUCGGGGGAUGAUGGGAUGGCCAUUAAAGAGCAAGAUCGGCUUCUUCCCAUAGCUAACGUGGGCCGGAUAAUGAAGCAGAUCCUGCCUGCAAACGCCAAAAUCUCCAAAGAAGCUAAAGAAACCAUGCAAGAAUGUGCUUCUGAGUUCAUUAGUUUUGUUACUGGAGAAGCUUCUGACAAGUGUCACAAAGAGAAGAGAAAAACUGUGAACGGGGAUGACAUAUGUUGGGCCUUGGGAAGCCUUGGUUUCGAUGAGUAUGCGGAGCCCCUAAAAAGGUACUUGAACAGGUUUAGAGAGUUAGAAGGGGAGAGAGCUAAUCAGAACAAGUCUGGCAAUAGUGAAGAAAAGGUGAUGAAUCAAAAUUUAGCAGAACCAAGGAAAAUUACCACUCACGUCUCCCCAACGUCAAUUAAUUUCAACGUCAUGGAUGAGAGUAGCAACUCUCUCUCGAGGAGCUGUUUUUAGGGGCGGCCUAUUUCAAGUAGUAAGUUCCAAUCGUUUUUCUUGUUUCGAAAAAUAUGAUUGUCAUAACAAUUUCCUCCUCUUCUUCUUCGUCCUUUUUUUUUUUCUUUUUUUUUGGAGGGGGGGGGGGUGAUGCUGCCUUCGUCUUCUGGAUUGGAUCAGCGAAAAGAGAUCAAGAGGGCAGAUAGCUUGCUUGUAGGGAACGUUUACACUGUAGGACUAUAAGUCUUCAGUUUGCUCUCUGUUGAGUGCUCUUAUGAAGAAUUCUGUGAAUAAACCUCCA